AUGCCAAGGCUCCAACACAAUCCCCUCUUCAUUAUUCUCCAACGCCCGCUUGACCGUCUCAAACAGGCCGUCCGCCUGUGUCUGAUCGAUUCGAACAUCAUCGCGGACGGUGAGGACGACCUCGCGAAUCUUCUCCUUGGAGCCAUCGGGGUACCGUUUAUUGUACUUGUUGAGGCAGACGGAGAUGUCGACUAG